UCCUCCGCCCGCUCUCCGGUCUCACACACCCUGUAUAUUGGGCUGAUAGACACAUGAUCACCAGGGGAAAUGAAUGACAAAACACAGGAAGCGGCAGAGAGAGAAUAGUUUCACUUUCAGCGAGGGGCGAGAGCACAAAGUGAAAGCAGUCAGAUGUCACAGGGAAAGAGACAGCACAGAUAAGGAGAGAGACUGGUGAGGAUGGACAGUGCUUGCUGGUGUGUUCCCGUCCUGUUCCUGGCUGCCGCAGUCUCAGGUAGGUUUCAGGUGGAAUCACAGGACAGGACAUUGGUGGCAGAAGUGGGAUCAGACGCGUUUCUGCACUGCACUCUCUCGCCUCCUCUUGGACUUACUGGACUCACAGUGCACUGGUUUCGUUCCCUCUUUCACUCCACUGUCCUCCUGCUGAAGAAUGGGAAGGAGGAGAGAGAUCAGCAGAGCGCAGAGUACAGCGGAAGGGCGUCUCUCCAGGGAAGGACCGAUGCUGGAGACCUGACGCUGGUACUGCACAAUGUCAGUCUCUCCGAUGCAGAUACCUAUCACUGUUUGGUGGAGAACAUAAGCAGUACACAGUAUGAGGAAGCAGUCACAGAGCUCAUCGUCAUAGGUAGCGGUUCCCUCCCUUCUGUGGCGGUCUCCCUGGAAGAUGGCGCCAUUGCGGUCUCUUUUGUCACCAGCGACUGGUUUCCAUGGCCGCAGAUGCGUUGGAGAGUGGAUGGUGUCCCAGUCGUCACUGAUAGGUUGGAGUUCAUCCACAACCAGAGCAAUGGUCUGUACCAGCUAGAGAGCAAGAUUCUACUUAAAGACCCAGAUGCUGGGCCGCUGUAUGGAGCCGCGAGGCACCCAGUGACAGGGAAAGAGUUUGGACUUUAUAUGACGCUUGCAGAGGACAUGUUCCCUCGCAUCUCAUCGUGGGCCUACGCCUUCCUCUUCACCCUGGCGCUACUGAUUGUGGGGGCAGCGUUGGCGGCUUAUUACAUGAAGAAACAGAAGGAACAGAAAGUUAUGGACAGUAAGAGAAUCGAUAAAUUAUCCUCUGAAGUGGAUUGGAGAAGAGCUGUCAUGAAUCCAGAAACCAUCACAUUGUCUCCUGAGACGGCCCACCCGAGGCUGUCGGUCACCGAUGACUUUCUUACGCUCCUGAACCGGCCUCCCGCAGUCCCGGCACCUCCGUGUAACGCCCGUUUUGAGACUGAGCGCUGUUGCCUUGGUCUCCCUCCCUUUUCCUCUGGUUGCCAUUACUGGGAAGUGGAGCUGGGGGAUGGGGUUGAGUGGGCAGUCGGUGUCGCCACCCCACAGGUGCGGAGGACAGGCGAUGCUUACAUGUUUCGGCCUCAGGAGCACAUCUGGUGUAUCUCCCGAUUUACGGAGACCAUAAAAGCCCUGGACAAUCCAGAGAGUACCCUGGAUGUGGCUGAUGGCCCACUGUCAGUGGUCGGGGUCUAUCUGAACUUGUCAGGUCCUCGGACAAUUACCUUCUAUGACCCUCGGAACUGGGAUGAGCUGUAUACCUUCAGGCAUGUGGCACAGGAAAGAGAGACCGUCCGUCCCUUUUUCUGGUUGGGCACAAAUGGCGGGGAAGUGACAUUAAGGAGGAGUGUCAGACGGGGAUGGAGAGAGUGACUGAAUGGACAAGUAUCCGGACUAUAUAUAGAGUGGCAUAUGAAGGAGUGAAUACGAUGGGCUGUCGCAGAGUCACGCGUAAGAUGGCCACAGAUACAGCCGCAUGACGUGCUCACAAUUAAAUGCAAAGGAGCGUUGCCCAGCAGUGUUAGGGAUGUCCGAAACAAAACAAGAGUAAAUUGCGCUGACCAACACCUGUAAUAUAGUGCCAGAGUCUGUAUGUAUUCAUUACCUAAAGUAUUAUAUUUCUUUAAAACACGUACAUUACAAUACAAUAAUUACUGACCAGAUUCCUAAACAUAUCAAUACAGCGGGUGUAGUACGACUGGCCGGCUGUCGGGAUCUCGACCGCCGGAUUGCCGGCAGAGCGCAAAAGAGACCCUUGCGGGCUCGCUGUGCUCGCCAUGCUGCGGGCACGGUGGCGCUACAUGCGCCACGCUAGUUAUUCUCCCUCCAGGGGUGUUGCGGACACCCCAAGAGGGAAAAUAGUUGUCGGUAUCCCGGCGGACGGAAUCCUGGCGCUGAUAUGCUGAGCGCCGGGAUCCCGACAGUCGGUAUAUCAAGUACCUCCCUAAUACAACAUGCUAUUAAAACUAGCUAGCUACAAAUAACACAAUACAAUAUACAAUGCUCAUAAUAAAGCCUCAGUUGAUAAUAUGAGGAGCAUCAGGAGUUAGGGGGUAAUCCUCUACAGAAAUAUAUCCAAUAAUGAUUUAGCCCCCUGGAGGUGUGAGCGAAUCCCAAUACUUGGUAUGCUUGCAAUGAUUACAAAGUGUGAUCGCCCACCUGGGUGCCAAGCUGAGAAUGAUGACCAAUACCUCCUUGUAAUGAAACAACUAUAAAUUGUGAGGCUGCAAUGUUCUUGUAAGGAUAUUAAGACGUGCAGCCAUUGUAAGAGACAGAUAACUGUACCAGGCUUGGACUGGCCCACAGGGGUACAGGGAAAACCACCGGUGGGCCCUACUGCCCGGGGGCCCACCUUCUGCUCUAAGGAUCAGGUUCCAGACUGUGCACUUGAAUUAUACAUGUUAUUUUAUACUGGACUAUGGUGUAUUAUCUACAGUGUAUUGCUGUUAUUAACCUGUUAUUAAUCUGGUACAUUAUCAUGCAUGCAGCAGCUGAAUUUAUUGUGUAUAUUUAUGAAGGGGCCCAAAUGUUGCUCUUUCUAAUCAUUGGUCAAAUCAAUGAGGUGGCAGGCCACACCCUCUCUGCAGACUGGCCACACCCCUAAACAUGGGCCCCUACCACUGCAUUCCCCCGGUGGGCCCUACAUGCCCCAGUCCGACACUGACUGUACAUACAGUAGAGUGGCUGAAUGGAACCGUGUGUGUGUGUGUGUGUGUGUGUGUGUGUGUGUGUGUUAUAUAUUAUCAACCAUCAUCCGCCAUAGGUGCCCUCUGUGUAUGGCAGUACAGACGAACAAAGAUUAGCGGCACUCCAGUGGACUUUUUCAACUAGUAAAGUAUAUUGGCAAGUAAAAACAAGUACCAACGUUUCGAGGCUAUUUCAGCCUCUUGGUCAAGGUGCAUAUACUGUAUAAUAUUACCACUUCAAACUGUAAUUCAUCUGAAUUCAGGGAAUGUUGGUUCCAUAAUAUUGCAAUAGUUUGUUAAGCUGACCAGCCCCUUCACGGCCGUUCCCUAUUGGUCAGUACCUACACUGACUUUCAAAAAUCUGAGCAUCGCUCUCAGACAACUUUUGGAUUUCAAAUACACAGUAUGCAAUAUUUAUACAGUAUAUUAUAUUGGCGCCAUCAGAUUUAAAAUUAUUUUCUUUCUGGAGUGUUACUGAUGGGCCGGGCCUUGGUGUAAUGUCAUUUCUCUAUGUUUAGUAAAACAUUUUUUUUUACAAAA